AUGCUCGCCGCCGUCCUCCUCGCGCCGGCCUUUUCGGCCCUGGCCUCCGCCCACACCGUCUUCACGUAUCCCGGCGCUCGGGGCAACAACCUCAUCCAGAACGACACCUUUCCCUACGGCAUGCAGUGGAUGUAUCCCUGCGGCGGCGUGGGCACCACCAAGAACCGCACCUACUGGCCCACCACCGGCGGCGCCGUCGCCUUCCAGCCCGGCUGGUUCAGAGGCCACUCCUCGGCCGUCAUCUACGUCAACCUGGGCUUCGGCACCGACGGCCCCGACAACGGGCCCCAGAACAUGUCCAACCCCAUGGUCCACCCCUUCACCAUCCAGGGCCCGACCAACAACCCCUACCCGGGGACCGUCUGCCUGCCCCAGGUGCCGCUGCCGCCCAACACGACCGUCCAGCCGGGCGACCUGGCCACCAUCCAGCUUGUCGAGCUGGCGCAGCACGGCGCUGCCUUGUAUUCCUGCGUAGACAUCAUCUUCGCCGAGCCGGGGGAUGCGAGGAUCGGCCUCGUCAACGAAACCAACUGCUUCAACUCGUCCGACAUGGGCUUCGCCGACAUGUACACCGUCGCCAUCGGCUCUGGCUCACCGGCUGUUGCGUCGACGGCAUCCAUUGGCCUUGCUUCCUGGGCGGGCUAUCUGGCCGUUUGCGUGGCCGCGCUCGCUGCUGCUUUAUAG